AAUUGCAACGUUAACAAAAUUCUCUGUACAAAACUCUUUAAGCCAGUUGAAGGCUAUGCCAAGUCAAGAUGUUGGACACCAUAAGUUUAGUAAUUACUCUGUGCCUAUCCCUAAUCUCUUGGCUAGUGCUUCAAUACUGUGGGCUGUUUGCAACAUCUGAUAUGGAGAACAACUUGAGCGAUUCUCUGGACGAGAGCUGCCGCAGCAGCUUUUUGGAUGUGUACCAGAAUUUUUUCUGGAUUUUCGCUUGUAUCUACGUGCUCUCCAAAAUAACAGAUCUGUCCGAGCGCUAUCUGUGUGCGCAUAUUAAGUCGCGGGAGCGCAUCUGUGAUAUGCGAGCCAUUAACGAUGAGUGGGAGCGCACGCUUAAGAUGUACGAGUCGGACAAGGAGAAGCUGGCUGCUCAAAUUUCGAAUCUGCGCGAGAGAAACUGCACAUUGGAGGCGAUGCUAACAGAUUUGCGUGAAUGCAACAUUCAGCUGAUCAGUGAGAACUACAUGCGGACGGUGGUGCAGGAACACCAAAUUCAGGGACUCACUCAAAUGGUGCAGGAACACGUGGAUUGCCCGUCGAACAUUUAUAUUACCAACCGUCAUAUACAUCUGACGCGUCAGGUGUUUGUCAACGAGGAGCUUACUGAGCCCAAAAUGCGCGAAUCUGGCGGAGAGGAGCUUCAGGAAAGCAUUGGACCUCUAAAUGUGUGGGUGCAAUAUCUGAAAAUGCGCAAAUGCUAUAUGGGACCUAUUGCCGAUCCCAACUUGUUACUAAACGGCAAUCAAGACUCCAAGAUACCAAUUGUUAUGACCACCGAGCAGCUGGCGAAAUUGCAGGGAUUGAUGUGAUAUUCGCACUUUGUAUUACGUUUAAAAAUAUUCCUUAAGCAGCAUUCAUUCACGAAAAAAGGUUAAAGAAAAAGUUUAAAAAAAUUUUAAGUAAAAGCAAUGAAAUAUGUAUGUAUACAUAUUAUUUUACAAUUCAAUAAAUAUCUAAAUAGCACAUA